UCCUCUUCCUCUCUGCUUCAGGCUGUGUAGGAAAUGAAUGAGAGCUGCUCGCUCAAGUCGCUCGUGGUGUGAGCGCGGUUAGGCGUUCAGUGGCCCUCGUUAAAAUCCCUAUCGCCGUAAAACCAUGCGCCUAAAAGGCUAAAAGACAAUACAUUUUAUGAACCCAUAAACACUGUGUUUAUGCCUAUGUUUUAUAUACAAUUAUGCACGGUUUCAGAUCCUUUAUUAGAAGAUCACAACAAUCCACUUGCAAAUACAAAUUUUAUUGAACACAUUGAGCUUUAUUAGAUGGGGUGCGAUUAUUGGUGUGAUGUAAGGAUAGUCUGCCAAUUACGUUGCAGUUUCAUUUGUAAAAUAAAUAAGGUCACAAACAUUACAAUUUGUAAGAUUUUUGUGUAAAUCUGGCUUUUCUUCGUGCUUCCGCCAGAGGGCACUGAUGCAGAGCACAGAGGAGCGGAAGCAGUUUGAUCACAGCUGACACUUUUUGUUUUGAUGUCUGCGGCUGUGUUCGCCUCUUCUCAAAGAGCUGUUUAUACUGUCAUAGUUACAGGACGAUGAAGAAGUUUUUUGAAGACAUUAAAAAGGACAUAAAGUUUAAGUCUGCCGGGGCUGGUAAGAAGCUGACAGAGGAAACCAGACCCGAGCCUGUUCUCAGCAGCACCACCAGACCGCGUCAUGCACCCAGUGAAGGAGCCCAGAGAGCGGGGGCAGCCGCUCUAGCCCGCAUUGAACAGCAGCACAAGCCCAAGGUGCACACUUCUCAUGAUGCCAUUAGAAACCAAGUAAAAAGAGAAUUGGAGGCUGAAGCUGUUGCACUGGCUGAAAAAGAAAAGCCAAAUCUUGCAGAGGGAUCACAAGUAAAAGACCCUUCCAGUCUGUCAGUGUCUGGUGUAUAUUUCACUUGCCCUUUGACCGGAGCCACUUUAACCAAGAGUGAAAGGGAGGUUCACAUAAAAGAAGCAAUUUUUAUGCGUUUUGAGGAGGAUGCAGUGGAGGCCUCUGUUAUGAUGAUGCACACAUUCAGCAAAGACAGAGAUAAAGUGAAGGCUGCUGUUGACAUCAUAAGCAAGUAUGUUGACAACAUUUGUAAAAAUCCAUCAGAAGAAAAAUACAGGAAAAUUAAACUCUCCAACAAGGUUUUCCAGGAGAAAGUGCGGUGUGUUGAAGGGAGUAGAGAAUUUCUUGAGGCACUUGGUUUUAUAAGCACUAUGCUUCCUGUAGAAGGUCAAGAGGAGGAAGAAGAGUUCUUGGUGCUGCCGGAGCAGAGCCCUGAUGACCUGGAGCUGAUGAAGGAGAGAAGGGACCGUCUUCAGAGAGGAGAGCCAGUCAGAGCUGUGCUUGACCGGCAACCUCAGGCCCUCAGACCAUCACUCAAUGCUCAGCGCUUUGAGCUUCCUCCAGAGUUCUACAACCUCUCAGCUGAGGAGCUCAAAAAGGAGCAGCAGCAGCGGAGUGAUUUAGUGGAAAAGCACUCAAUGUUGCGGACUAAGGCAAUGAGGGAGAAAGAUGAACAGAGAGAGAGACGAAAAUACAACUACACUUUGCUGAGAAUCAGGCUGCCUGAUGGAAACCUGCUACAAGGAACCUUUUAUGCCUGGGACCGCCUCAUUACAUUAUAUAGUUUUGUGAGAGAGUCUCUGGUGGACGGUUGGCAGCCAUUUGAAUUGAUUGCUCCUGGAGGCCAGAAACUACAAGAGUCGGAGGAGGUGGCUCUCGCAGAGUGCAACUUGGUGCCUGCUGCCUUGCUCACCUUUACCUGGGAUGCAGCUGUGCAGGCGGAUAUUGCAGCCGCAGGAGGAAAAAGUCCUGCUCUGCUGAAACCAGAGCUUCUUGAAAACAUUCAGACCCUGAGCUGAGCGCAAACACUGAUUUCAAACUUAAUGUCACAAAAUGACUUGUGGCACUUUCUUUACACGAAACAGUAGCAGGCAAACCAGAAGCAUCGUUAACUGUAUUUGAGCCCAGUCCUGCCCUGAUUUGUGGGCAGAAUUCUACUGUACAUACUUCAUCUGGAGCGUGU